AUGUUGUUUGCAAUUACUCAAGGCAGUAUUGAUGAGCAAAUGGUGAAGAAAUCUGAUCCUGUCCUUAUCAAGUUGAUAGAGACAUAUAAGAGAGGUCAAGCAAAGUUUUCCCUAGCAGGAAAAGAUAUUCCUCUGACUGAUCAUGACAUUGGUGUCAUUUUUGGAAUAACAUCUGGACCGGUGAAGAUCCACAUCGCAACCCACGGGCGAAGGCCAGACACAGAAUUUGCCAAUCGAGUCUUUGCUGGGGCAAGCACCAUGCACUUUCCAACAAUGAGGGUGACAAUUGAAAAUAUUUUGAAACCUCCCGUCAAGAAAAAGCAGAAGAAGAAGCAAAAGCAAGUAUCAGAGAUAGAAGCUGCAAAAGAUUUGGCACGUCUUCUGACAUUGUACACCAUUGGAACACUGUUUUUCCCAACAACAGGUCCAAACCUGAAUUGGUCCUACCUGAAGCUUGUUGAGGAUUUGGAAAAUAGUGCAAAUUACAAUUGGUCAAUGUUCAUCACCAAUAAUCUUGUUAACGAACUCAACUCCAAGAAUCCGGCGAUUGUUGGUGGUUGCACCACUGCACUCCUGUACUGGCUCUGUGAACAUACCCACAUUAUGAAACCAGCUCAACAAACUUUUUCAAGAUUUAUGAAAUGA